UUUGUGUUGAGGCUGGAAAUGGCGGAGAUCACAGAGCGAAGCGACAGCUCACGUUAGAAGAGCGCGAGCGCAUCGUCACGGACACGGAACCACCCGCGUGUUUCUCCCGGAGCUGCGCACGAGCCGCCGCCGUCUGAGGGGGCUGAGUCCCGCAUGAAGGGGGGGUGGGGGACUGGAUUUUGUGAGCGACGUUCAGGUUUAGCUCGCUAGCUCCCACGCUAGCGCGGCUAGCUGCUCCUCGGCUAACCUGCGCGUGAUCCGAAGCACGCACGAUUGUUUGUCAACACAGCUGACAGUAAACAGAUAAACACCUUCAACCCAACUGCCACGCGGACACGUGCUUGCGGGAUCACCCCGCAGCUCCCCGCAAACCUCUCCCCCGCAUGAGAACGUGGGUCCGGUUGCGCCGGUUCUCCGCCUGCCCGCGGGUCCCGCUGCCCGGGAGAGAAGCUCCGCGCCGCGGGGAUCCUCCACGAGCCCUCCGGACUGCUGCACAGUUGGAGGAGGCUUCUCCCCACACCCGGGGUGAUACCAUGUGACAGGAAGGAGGAGCCAUAACCCCGCCUCCCACGCUCCUCCACCGAGCUCCUCCCUUCUCCAGACCGAGGCCCCCCCAGCCCCCACAUGACGCCUUCACUGGAAACUUAGACCAAGUCAGUUGAAGCCGAAAAUGAGUGCAGUUGGGGAACCCCCCCUGGAUCCUGCAACGCCAGAGUCCCGCAAGAGGAGGGGCUCGCCGUGCGACACCUCAGGGCAGAGCCUGGAGAAGCGGCGGCGGCAGCUGGAGUGUCGGUACAUCGUGGAGCUGGCUGAGCUGCUGUCGUCUCACAUGAGCGACAUCCUCACUCUGAGCGUGAAGCCGGACAAGUGCCACAUCCUGAAGACCACCGUGGACCAGAUUCAGCAGCUCCGGCGGCGAGAGCAGGAAGAAGCUCUUCUGUCUCCAGACGACGUGCAGAAUAGCGACAUCUCCUCCAGCAGCCAGGGGCUGGCGGAGAAGGAGGCGCUGGGUCCGGUCCUGCUGGAGGCUCUGGACGGCUUCUUCUUCGUGGUCAACCGGGAGGGUCGCAUCAUCUUCGUGUCAGAGAAUGUGACCAGUUACCUGGGAUACAGCCAGGAGGAGCUGAUGACCUCCAGCGUGUACAGCAUCCUCCAUGUGGGGAACCACAGCGAGUUUGUUCGGAACCUGCUGCCUGACAGCCUGGUGAACGGCGCCCCGUGGCCGCAGGAGUCCAGUCGCAGGAGCAGCCGCUCCUUCAGCUGUCGCAUGCUGAAGAGGCCGCCGGACGAGAUGGACUCGGAGAACCAGGAGGCGCGGCAGCAGUACGAGAUCCUGCAGUGUUUCACCGUGUCCCAGUCAGGAGCAGCGCCGCAGGAGGGGGACGACCCUCAGAGCUGCCUGAUCUGCAUCGCCUGCCGGGCGCCGCGCGCUCAGACCGUCAGCACUGAGUCCUUUGCCACCAAGCAGGACCCCACAGGAAAGAUCGUUUCCAUAGAAACCAGCGCUCUGCGGGCGAAGGGCCGGCCUGGGUGGGAGGACCUGGUCAGAAGGUGCAUCUACGCCUUUUUUCAGUCGCAGGGCAAAGAGCCGUCCCACGCCAAGAAGCUGCUGCACGAGGUGAUGACACACGGCUCCGCCGUUAGCCCCCCCUACCAUUUCAGCUCCGGGGACGGCGCCCUGCUCAGCGCUCAGACCCGCUGCAAGUUCUGCUGCCCCCCCAACCCUGAAGAACAGCCCUUCAUUCUGGGGAUUCACUCAAUUUACAGGGAACACAACACUGCUAGCUCUCAGGAAAACACUAACCUUCCACUGACCCCCCCCUCUCUUCUUCCUGGUACCAACUCAAGCCAAGGCUCAGGGCCCGCCACCUCAGGCCUUUACAGUAAUGCCCCCUCCCUCGGACACGGCCCGGCCACGCCCGCGGGUUACCUGACGCCCAGUCGGACAAAAUGCCCUCAGCGGGUCGGCAGCCCCUCCCCUCUCAGCAGCCCCCACACAGCCACCCCUACCUCAUUUAUGUCGCCCAGGGUCCUCCAGGCCAGUCCUGGGUUGGGGGGAAGCCCCCAGGUCCCGGGGAACCCCUUCUCCCCCUCCACGCCGGGAGUCGCCUCCCCAGCGCAGAGCGGGGGGAGUGGCCUGAGCAGACAGCAGUCCGCCGGUGAAUGUACUGGAGGGGGGGCGUCCUUCCCCCUGUCCUCCCCUGUACUUCAGAGACGAGCCAGUACCCCCACCUGCUCGUCCACCUGGCUCCCGCCAGCAACGCCCUCAGAGGGAGGGGACAACGGGGCAGAUAGGCCCCCCCUCCCCUCUCCCUCCCUCCAGCGGCUCCAGGACGGGUCUGGGGCGGGGACCGACAACAUCACCUCAUCGCGCCAUCCUCAGAACCCCCCCACACCGUGCCCCUCCUCCCACAGCAGCCUGACCGAGCGCCACAAGAUCCUGCACCGGCUGCUGCAGGACAACAGCCCCGGCGACGCGCCCCCCCCCUCCGAGGACGGACUCUGCCAAAACAAGGUCAGCAUCAAGAGGGAACCGCCCACCAGCCCCACGCUGAGGUCCGCCUCCAGGGAGCCGCAGGACCACCAGCUGCUCCGCUUCCUGCUGGACACGGACGAGAAGGACCUGGGGGAUCUGCCGCCGCCGUCCGCCCUCAACCUCCAGACGGUCCGGGUCAAGGUGGAGAAGCGGGCCAGCGGGGAGGGGCUCGUGUGCCCCGGACCCGGAGACGCGUCCAGACUUGGCCUGAGCAGCCCCAGGUCCAGUCCUGUUGGGGAGAACCGCCGGGACUCCACGUCCUCAGUUGAACCUGCUGAUGGCCCCCCCCAGUUAAAGCCUGAAACCAGAAGCUCGUUUGGGGCCAAGCAGAUUUCUGACGACCCUUUGAACCCCGGAGGAACCCCCAAAGGCCACUCUCCGGCCCCCCAGCCUCCAGCUCCACUCCUGUCCCCCGUCCCCCAGCUCCAGUCCCCGUCAUCGCAGCUUCCGUCUCCAGCCCCCCGGCUGACGUCCCCCUGUCAACUGACGCCCGGGGAGGCCGGCGCCCCCCGCAGCGUCAGCGUGAAGAAGGAGCCCCCCAGCACCCCCAGCAGAGGGAUGGCAGACAGUGGCGCCCCCUCUGGGUGCAGGAGUCAGUCCCUGGAUUUUUGCAGCCCUGCGACCCCGUGCCAACAGCCGGACCCCCUCCAGCGGGGCAAAGACGGCAGCCAGUUUCCUGAGGUGGACGACGGGGAGCCGUUCAGUUCCAGCUCUGGCCUAAUCAAGAUGGACAUGGGGGACCUGCAGUUCCAGCCUCUGGCUCUGGCUGACACGUUGUCCUUCGACACUCUCGGACCCCCCCCACAAGCGUCUUUAGCCUCCCCGCAGGAGCAGUGCGUGCCAUGUACACUGGACGAGGUGCUCGGCCCCCCCACCACCCCCGAGGGGCGGAGCGAGGAGAGCUCGCUGCUGGAACAGCUGGUGUCCUUCCUGAGCGGCACAGACGAGAGCGAGCUGGCCGAGCUGGACAAAGCUCUGGGCAUCGACAAGCUUGUACAGGGAGGCUGUUUGGAGCCUUCGCUUCAAACGUCCCCCCCCCAGCAACCAACUGCCACCCCAGUUCCCACCUACCCCUCCCAACUCGCCACCGCCCCGCAGCCGUCGUUCCUUUCAGAGCUGGUUGCUGCAGGGCCACAGGGCUUGGGCUUUGGAGCCCUUCGCGGGGCCUUCCCAGCUGCAACAGCGAGCGUGGGACUGAGGGUGCCCAGACCUCAGGGGGUGGGCCCCCCGCUCAGGCUGCCCCCCAACCAGCUGCGCCUGCAGCUGCAGCAGAGAGUGCAGGGCCCCCAGCAGCUGCAGAACAGGCUGGCGGCCAUGACUCAUUUUCCCGCAGGAGCCCAGAAUGUCACCCUGGGGGGCCGACCGGGUCUGCAGCAGCCCCAGAUACCCUCUCAGCCCCCCCUAAACGCUCAGAUGCUGGCCCAGCGGCAAAGGGAGCUCUACAGCAUCCAGCACCGCCAGCGCCAGCUGAUCCAGCAGAAGGUCAUGCUGAUGAGGCAGAACAUCGGAGGCCCCCCCACCGCAACCACCGGGCUCCCCAAAGCCCCCCCCACAACAUCUCAGCAGCAGUUCAACAUCACGCCAGGCUACAACCCCAUGACGGGAAACCCUCCUACCUCACCGAGCCCCUUCAGCCCCGUGUCGGGGGGGGGGCAGGACUCCAAACUGUCUGUCAGAUCUCCUCUGAAGAACCAGUCGCUGAUGGGGGGCGGGCAGAGCCAAUUCGACGGCGCUGCCAUCUCCUCCCUGCAGCCUGGCCUGUUUCCACCGUUCGGGACGUCAGAGGCGGUCCAGCCGGACUCGCCGUUUCCUCCGGAGAUGAGCCCCACCAGCCCGCUCUUAUCGCCCCAGAACUCCACUUCCCAGAGUCCUCUGCACCAUCAGGCUCCACCUACUGGCUACCAGUCUCCGGACAUGAAGAGCUGGCCGCAGGGCAGCUUGUUCACGCCGCCGGGGCAGAGCGGGGGGUCGCUGUUCGGCCAGCAGGGGCUGUACAACAACAUGAGCAUCACCGUCUCCAUGGCCGGAGGCUCUGGCGCCGUGGCUCCGUUACCCCCCAUGGGGCAGGCGGCGGGCACCGGCGGCCUGGGUGGCGUGGGUUCGGCAUGCGGCGAGCAGCAGGUGCAGCAGCUCCAGGUGUUCGCAGAUGUCCAGUGCACGGUCAACCUGGUGGGCGGCGAGUCCUACCUGAAUCAGGGCGCCGUGGGGGCCGCGCAGAAAGCCGCCGGAGCCCCCGCCCCCCAGAGUGGCCCGGCCCAGCAGAAGAGCCUCCUGCAACAGCUCCUCACCGAGUGACCCCGCCCCCCGUUAGCUGCUCCUCUGCUGUGCCAAACCUGCCCCCCCCCCCCACCCAUCAGAGGGGUGGGGGGGGCAGGUUGUUGAAGGACCAGCAGUCAGAAGGAGGGG